AUGGCCGAAGCACUAGGUGUAGUCGCGAGCGCAAUUGCAGUCAUUCAGAUCUCCAAAGAAGUAAUCAGCCUCUGCAAAUUUUACAUUGAAGCGCUGCGCUCCGAUGCACCUACCAGCUUACGCGCCGUUCUAAUCGAAGUGUCCACACUCAAGUCAGUUCUUGAGGGCUUGGAAUUUAUAUCGAAAUGCGGAACCUUCACACCCGCCUUACAGAAUCGACUGGCGGCUUCUGACGGCCCUAUUGAAGGAUCCAGAGUCGCGAUGACAGCGCUAGAGAAGCUGUUUCCGAAACAAGCUCUUCAGAACGGGCAAAAUGCUUCAAAACGGCAGAAAGUCCAAGCAGCAUUUGCAACAUUAGCAUGGCCUCUGAAGCAGGGCCAGGUACAGGAUCUUCUCCAGCAGAUCAGCCGCCAUAAAGAUGACAUUCAGCUCGUUCUGACGACAGAGGCUACAAAAGAUAUAAAAGACAUCAAAGCUGUUUCUGAAGAGAUUCGCUCCAUUCUGACGGGGGAGCAGCGCCACAGAGUAUACGACUGGCUAACAUCGACUGAUCCCUCACCGAUUCAUAAUCGAUCGCGCAAAUUAUACGAACAUGGAACUGGAAGUUGGAUGCUUCGCUCACAACACUGGACUGACUGGCUGGCUUCAAGUGUUCGAUGCCUUUGGGUCCACGGUAUCCCAGGUUCCGGAAAGACCAUCCUCGCAUCAUGGUUGAUCGAAAACGUCCAAGAUCAUUGCGAGAGGGUGUCGACAGAAAAUUCACCUUGUACGAGUGCUUACUACUACUGUUACUUUGGCCACCAUCAAGACGAGGCGGCGCCGUUUCUCAGAUGGAUCAUCACUCAGCUCUCCCGUCAGGCAGAAGUUGUUUCUACUCUGAUGCACGAUCUUUUCAAACGCGGGGGGGAACCGAGCAUUACUGAACUGUUUGAAGCGCUGGAACAGAUCCUCCAGGUCUUUAGCUGCGUGUACAUUGUGAUCGACGCUGUUGACGAGAGCAGCCCCCGUGACGACCUACUGGAAGUCAUUCAUACUCUCGUCAUUGAUCAAAGGUUCUCUAAUCUUCAGAUUCUUGUUACGAGUCGCGAGUACAUCGAUAUAGAGCGAGUGAUGGAGAAAGUGUCCGUCUCACUCCCAAUGUCAAAUGAGCUGGUUGAACAGGAUAUUCGCCUCCAUGUUCAGUCAAUCCUGCGAUCAAAUCCAAAGUUUCGAUGCUGGCCUGAUGAUCUUCUCAUUGAGGUUGAAGAAUCUGUUAGUACGAAGGCAGAGGGAAUGUUUCGGUGGGCCGUUUGUCAACUACACGAAUUGCAGCGCUUGAAGGGCGAGCGUAAUGUUGUCAUUAAGGCCCUGGAAAGACUUCCUAAAGACUUAGAUGAGACUUAUGACCGAAUCUUCCUCCGUAUACCACGGGAGGAUUGGCAAUUCGUUUCCCAUGCUUUUCAGUGGCUUUGGUUUUAUGGCGAACUCGGCCCUCCCGAGAAUGGUACUCCGUCUGUUCUUCUCUUGGAUGCAAUUAAAAGCAGUACAUCGCGGACAGAAAAACACAAAAGUCAUGUCCUUUACAAUUCAGAAAGACUACGGGAGCUUUGUGGAUGUCUUAUUAGCAAUCUGGAAGAUUCUAUAUCCUUCGCCCACUACACGGUCAAGGAGUAUCUAGACUCAGCCCGAAUACGUCAAGGCUCACUCUUCGUCUUUUCCACGGAACAGGCUAAGGUUCUGUCUAUAUGUUUAGAUGUUCUAUUGUUUCAGGCAAAAGCAUUGGCAUCGCAGAAUCUCAAGGACCUCCGAGGUGGUGGCCCUCUGCCACUUGGCGAGCGAGAUCUUUGGAGUAACCUGAGCUUUCAUUCCUUUUUUCAUGUAAUAACUUCGCUCAGGCUAUGGGGACAAGAAAUAUCCAAGAGCGAUGACUUUUAUGGGCGAGUCAAGAGCCUUCUAUGUCCUUCAACACAGGGUUACUCGAGUGACACACUUCUUGAGACGAUCGACUGGGAGGAACAUCUAACAUAUAGCGACGCAUCUUUGUUUUUGAGCCUGCUUCUUAUCACUAAUGAUAUGGAAUCACCCGUAUCAUCCAGACUCAUUCGACAGACAGAUCUCAAAGCACUUUUUAGCAAGAGGAUAGUACUGGAAAAGGAGCGCUACAUCCAUAUCUAUGACAAGAAUGGAGAUGCGACCCUUUGCAGCAGAACAUACAAAUUUGAUGGACCACUAAUUGAAGUAAUGUUUCAAUUUUUGAAUCCAAACUCGUGGGAUAUUCGCCGAUUGCUGGUUAAUUACACUGGGCUUUACAAUCCGUCUACGACUCUUAUCCUUUUCAUAGGUCAUUACAAGUCAGAUCCUGAGUACGACGAAUCCAUAUAUAAUCGUCCUUCUUUCUGUCCACUGCGACACCUAUUGGAAGCUGGAGCUCAACCCAAUCUCCCGGGAUAUCCCAUCACACCGCUGCAAAUAGCUGUUGCGACCCAAAACUUGACAGCGGUUCGAUUAAUGCUACAUUUCAGAGCUGAUCCAAAUUAUAUUGGCGAUCCGCUGCGCAGCACUCGGCCAGUAAACAGCGAAAUGGCCGAGUUUGGAAGGUUCCACGUUGAUGAGAAUGAGCUUGGAGGUGAACUAAAACUGAAAACCAUUCAACAGCUGCUACUUGCAUAUGGUGGGAGAGACUUCCAGUGGGACCCAAGCAAAUCGUUGACAGCAUAG